AGUGACGUUCGCCGUCUGCACAAAUCUGUUUAGUAGCCGGAUCCGGUCACUGUAGUACUAACGCCACAUGAGCGAUGUAUGGAUGUUCACUCGCUAGCUUUCAACAAUAAAACAAGAUCAGUAGUGGCAGAAAUAAAAUAAAAAAGUCAAUUUUUCAGGAACAUUACGGCGAUGUCGGUUAACUACGCAGCGGGGCUGUCGCCUUACGCACACAAAGGCGUGUGUGGGCUUCCGGAGUCAUUUGACUCCCCAGAGGAGCUGCAAAGGAAGGUGGCCAUCUUGGCUCAGAUGGUGAAGGAGUCCCGGUACAUGGUGGCCCACACGGGCGCUGGGAUUAGCACCUCUGCUGGGAUCCCAGAUUUUAGAGGCCCCAGUGGGGUGUGGACGAUGGAGCAGCGGGGUGAGACUCCGCACUUUGACACCACGUUUGAGGAGGCGCGGCCCAGCCCCACCCACAUGGCCCUGCUGGCGCUGCAGAGGGCGGGGCUCCUGCAUUACAUCAUCAGCCAGAACGUGGACGGGCUGCACAUGCGCUCCGGCUUCCCCAGGAACCUCCUGUCUGAGCUUCAUGGGAACAUGUUUGUGGAGGAGUGCGGGAAAUGUGGCAAGCAGUACGUGCGGGACACGGUGAUCGGUGUGAUGGGCCUGAAGCCCACCGGCCGGCGCUGUGAUGUCAUCCGCUCCCGAGGCCUCCGUGCCUGCAGGGGGAAGCUGAUCGGGACCAUCCUGGACUGGGAGGACGCACUGCCGGACCAGGACCUGACCCGGGCGGACCUGGCCUCCAGGAAGGCAGACCUGGCGUUGACGCUGGGCACAUCUCUGCAGAUAAAGCCCAGUGCUAACCUGCCCCUGGUGACCAAACGCAACGGAGGAAACCUAGUCAUCGUCAACCUGCAGCCCACCAAACACGACAAGCACGCCACCCUGCGCAUCAGCGGCUACGUGGACGAGGUGAUGACCCGCCUCCUGAAGCUGCUGGGAUUGGCCAUCCCCGAGUGGGCGGGGCCCACGGUCUGCGAGGUCGCCGCGGAGACCGUCGCCGAGCGCCCGCUGCCCCCCGCCGCCAAGGCGGAGGAGGACCAGCUGGGCGUGGCCACGCGGGAGGAGGUGGCGGCCGUGGCCACGCGGGAGGAGGUGGCGGCCGUGGCAUUGGCUGCCGCGGCGGCGAUAAAGAGCGAAUCGGACGCCUCCGUCCAGGACACGCCCCCCCUCCAGGAGAACGGCCGCUGUCCGCCCGCCGAUGACGAGGCUGAGGACACGCCCCCUAAAAAUGGCCCCGCCCACUCAGACGGGGUGACCAGCCCCCCGGCCUCGAAACGCAUCAAAACUGAGCCUGCCCUGGCCUAGGCCGCGCCCCCUCCGCAAGCCAGCAGCCAAUGAGACGUGGCGGACCUAACGCGGGGGGGAGGAGCCGACGGGGCGACUUCCCUCCCGUCGCCGCCCAGCCAGGAGAGGUUCAGUGCAAAAUGGCCGCUCUGCGGUGCCCACUACAGCCACAAAUGGGGAAGUGUCCUGGAGGGGACCCUGGUGAAUUCUGGGAAUUGUAGUCCAGUGUCUGCAGGGACAGAGCCCAAGCCUACAAACCUGCUUUCUUUGUGUUUUUAUACAGUAGGGAGGCGGUGGGGGUGUUUUAAAACGCUCUCCGGAUGUACUCUAGGUAGCCGUGGUGAUGUAGGUUAUUGAGAAAUUAUGGGAUGUACAGGACGAAGUGUUUCUCCGUCGCUAAGACACAAGCUGUACUCUAUAGAUUUCUAUUUUUUUAUUUACAUUUUUCCACACUUUACAUUUAGUGUUUAUUCCAGUAACUGCUGUGAAGUGUUUGAUGAUGGUGAUGAUGAUGAUGAUGAUGAUGAUGGUGGUGGUGAUAGUGGUGGUGGUUCAUUGGUAAAUGAAAAAGCGUUUUUUGUUUUGUUGUUUUUGUCAUUCCUGAAAAUUCCACUUUAUGCAGAUCCGAAAAAAUGUAUAGCCUGGUCUGUCUGUCGUUCUCCCUGGACCGCCCCCCGUGGGGAACGGCAGCCCGGCCGAAGCGUGUCAGACGCUAGGGUGGCGUGUGAAGUCAUCAAAGCGGCAGUUGAUCGCUUUAGGUGGUCGAGCGAUUUUGCUCUAUUGUUAACGUCCUUUUCCCGUUUUAUUGACAUCACGGUUUGCGCUCCCGUUCCGCCUCUCUGCAGGCCUGGAAGAAAAGAGGCGCGUUCGACGAAGAGUGUCAGUCUGGUUUAAAGAAAAAUCCAAUAAAAAGCCCUUUGUGAAAUCCACUUCUGCCACACACCCCCCCCGCAUGCACACACGAUGCCCCGCGUUAACUACCCCUGCCCGGCCCCAACACAACACUGCCCCCACACGCUGUUUACACCCCCCCCCCCAGCGGGAGAGGGCCUGGAUUUCAGCAGCUCUUCCCAGGAUGAGUGCCCCCACACCCACCCCUCCACCCCGGGAGGUCCCUGUUACGCACACCGAUCGCCCCUCGGCCUCCUGGGAAGUAACCUCUCUUUUGUCUCGCGUAUGUUGGUUUCCGGUUUCCUAAAUAUUCUUUUUAUACUUUAU